AUGGGCAACCACCAUUCGCAUAACAAGGUCGAGAACGAGCUGGCUAGGAGCUCGCAUUUCUCUCCUGCUGAAAUCAAAAAGCUAAAGCAAGAAUUUGGUAAAGCUGCAGCCAAGGACUUUUCUAUAACGAAAGCGCAAUUCCGACAUAUUCUUGAAAAUCAUGUAUCGUGUUGGUCUGCUGGUGCCCAGUACCUGUUUUUGGAACGGCUCUUUGAUGCCUUUGACUUGGACGGCAACCAGUCUAUUGAUUUCCGUGAAUUCAUAUCUGGAUUGAGCUGCUUCUUGAAGGGAUCGGCUGAAGAGAAGAUGGAAUUGUCGUUCCGCGUAUUCGAUGUUGACAGAAGUGGAAGUGUAGAACCCAAGGAGCUUAUACGUUUCAUGGCUCAAAUGUACUCUGCAUUCUACAAUGAAGACCAAUCUGCAAAAGUAAAGGCCACAGUCAAUCAACUCUUUGAGGACUUGGAUAUAAAUGGUGAUGGAUCUCUGUCAAUGACUGAAUUCAAGCUUAUGGCGUUGAAAGAGCCCAUGAUAACUGACUUCGUCUCACAAUUCUUGAUUUCGAAAGAUCCAUCAUUUGAGUAA